GGUAGGAACGGAUGUGACUAGGAACGUUCGGCUCCGGGUCCUCGCUGUCUGGCUGCUGCACACACGGAGCCGGAAGUGACUGGCGGAGGCGGAGCUCGGUCCGGUUACGGUGUCUCGGCGGGAUGGCUGAAAGGUGACCGGGAGGAAGUGGCCGCGGUGUAAUGACGGUCCCUGUGACAUCACCUGUGUAGGGUCUCCCGGUCCUGCUUACCCAUGGCCCAAGCCAGCAUGUCCGGCAUAAUGACAAUGCUGCAGCAAUUUGCCAAUGGCUUGAGGAGCAAAAAUGAGGAUGCUCGCACCAAGGCAGCCAAGGAUCUGCAGCACUAUGUCACCACCGAGCUCCGAGAGGUGAGCCAGGAGGAGGCGACGCAGUUCUAUGACGAGCUCAAUCAUUUUAUCUUUGAGUUUGUUUCCAGCUCUGAUGUGAGCGAGAGGAAAGGCGGAAUCCUGGCUAUAGUUUUCCUUUCCCUCACAGUGAGCCUGAUCGGGGUUGAGGGCGGAAAUGCCACCCGAAUUAGCCGGUUUGCCAACUACCUGCGUAACCUGCUCCCCUCCAGCGACACUGCGGUCAUGGAAAUGGCUUCCAAAGCGAUGGGGCGGCUUGCCAUGGCGGGGGAUACGUUCACCGCCGAGUAUGUGGAGUUUGAGGUGAAACGCGCCUUGGAGUGGCUGGGAGCCGACCGGAACGAAGGACGUAGACACGCAGCGGUGCUAGUACUGAGGGAGCUCGCUGUCAGUGCGCCCACCUUCUUCUUCCAGCAAGUGCAGCCGUUCUUUGACAGUAUUUUCUAUGGCGUCUGGGAUUCUAAGCAGGCAAUUCGGGAGGGGGCAGUGGCGGCCCUCAGAGCCUGUCUGAUCCUGACCACACAGCGGGAGCCCAAGGAGCUGCAGAAACCCCAGUGGUACAGGCAAACGUACGAGGAAGCUGAGCGAGGGUUUGAUGAGACGUUGUCUAAGGAGAAGGGAAUGAACCGAGAUGAUCGCAUCCACGGAGCUCUCCUGAUUAUUAACGAGUUAGUGCGAAUCAGCAGCAUGGAAGGCGAGCGUCUGAGAGAAGAGAUGGAGGAGAUUACCCAGCAGCAGCUAGUACACGACAAGCAUUGCAAGGACCUCAUGACCUUCGGCUUGAAGCCGCGGCAUAUCACCCCUUUUGCCAGUUUCCAGUCGGUGCAGCCCCAGCCUUCCAAUGCUUUGCUGAGCCUCUUAGGGUACACAGGGCAGCAGGGGAUCCUGGGAUACGGUUCUGCGCCGAUGCCGGACAAAUCCACUUUGGUGGAAAGCCGCACCUGCCGGGAGCUAGUAGAAGAGAAGUUUGAUCAGAUUUGUCGUUGGGUCUUAAAGUGCAGAAGUAGUAAAAACCCUCUAAUUCAGAUGACGAUUUUGCAUGUUCUUCCACGUCUGGCGGCCUUCAGACCCUCUGCAUUCACAGCGGAUCAGUACCUUCCGGACACCAUGAGCCACCUGCUGAGCUGUGUGCGCAAGGAGAAAGAGCGCACAGUGGCCUUCCAAGCUCUGGGGCUCAUUUCUGUAGCCGUCAGGUCAGAGAUUCGUUGUUAUCUGCCCAAGAUCCUGGAACACGUGAAAUCUGCACUGCCCCCUAAAGACUUUGCUCACAAGAGGCAGAAGUCUGUGCAGGUGGACGCCACGGUGUUUACGUGUGUCAGUAUGUUGGCUCGGGCGAUGGGUCCCGCCAUGCAGCAGGACAUUAAGGAGCUGCUGGAACCCAUGUUGUCCGUUGGACUGAGCCCUGCCCUGACCGCUGUGCUGUAUGACCUGAGCCGCCAUAUCCCUCAGCUGAAGAAGGACAUCCAGGACGGGCUGCUGAAGAUGCUUUCCUUGGUUCUUAUGCACAAACCUCUUCGCCAUCCGGGCAUGCCCAAAGGCCUGGCACACCAGCUGUCCUCUCCCAGCCUCACCAAUAUCCCUGAAUCCAGCGAUGUGGGCAGCAUUACGCUGGCUCUUCGCACCCUGGGCACCUUUGAGUUUGAAGGUCACUCGUUGACCCAGUUUGUGCGUCAUUGCGCUGACCACUUCCUCAAUAGUGAGCACAAGGAAAUUCGGAUGGAAGCUGCCCGCACCUGCUCCCGCCUGCUCACACCCUCUAUCCAGCUGCUCAGCGGACAUGGACACGUGAGUCAGACCGCUGUGCAGGUUGUGGCUGAUGUGCUGAGCAAGCUGCUGGUGGUGGGAAUCACAGACCCAGAUCCCGAUAUCCGCUACUGUGUCCUGGCGUCAUUAGACGAGCGCUUCGACUCGCACCUCGCCCAGGCAGAGAACCUGCAGGCUUUGUUUGUCGCCCUGAAUGAUGAGGUGUUUGAGAUACGGGAGCUGGCAAUCUGCACCAUCGGCCGCCUCAGCAGCAUGAACCCGGCCUUUGUCAUGCCGUUCCUGCGCAAGAUGCUGAUCCAGAUUCUGACGGAGUUGGAGCACAGCGGUGUGGGGAGGAACAAGGAGCAGAGCGCCCGUAUGCUGGGACAUCUGGUAUCUAAUGCACCACGACUGAUCCGCCCUUACAUGGAGCCCAUUCUUAAGGCUCUAAUCCUAAAGUUGCGUGACCCAGAUCCCAACCCUGGUGUUGUGACAAACGUUCUGGCAACGAUCGGAGAGCUCGCCCAAGUCAGUGGCUUGGAGAUGAGGAAGUGGAUGGAUGAGCUAUUCCCUAUCAUUAUGGAUAUGUUACAGGACUCCUCCUUGCUGGCUAAGAGACAGGUUGCCCUGUGGACUCUGGGACAGCUGGUGGCCAGCACCGGAUAUGUGGUGGAACCUUACAGGAAGUACCCGUCUCUGCUUGAGGUGCUGCUCAAUUUCCUGAAGACUGAACAGAACCAGGGCAUCCGCCGUGAGGCUAUCCGUGUGCUGGGCCUCCUGGGGGCUUUGGAUCCAUACAAACACAAAGUAAAUAUCGGAAUGAUUGACCAAUCCAGAGAUGCUUCAGCUCUAAGUUUGUCCGAGUCUAAGACCAACCAGGAUUCCGCUGAUUAUAGCACCAGUGAAAUGCUGGUGAACAUGGGGAACUUGCCCUUAGAUGAGUUCUACCCUGCGGUGUCUGUGGUCACACUCAUGCGGAUUCUUAGGGACCAGUCGCUGUCCAACCAUCACACCAUGGUAGUACAAGCCAUCACCUUCAUCUUCAAGUCUCUAGGACUGAAAUGUGUGCAGUUUCUGCCGCAGGUGAUGCCGACUUUCCUGAGCGUUAUCCGCUUGUGUGACAACAACGUACGAGAGUCUCAUCAACCUUCUCCUCAAAAGAGGACAGGACUGAUGUCACCUCAGUUCAUGUUCCAGCAGUUGGGAAUGUUGGUUUCCUUUGUGCGCAGCCAUAUUCGCCCUUACAUGGAGGAGAUAUUCGCCUUGAUCAGAGACUACUGGACCAUGAAUAACCCCAUUCAGAGUACCAUUAUUCUGCUGAUCGAGCAGAUUGUGCUGGCUCUGGGAGGAGAGUUCAAGCUGUAUCUGCCGCAGCUCAUCCCUCACAUGCUCCGCGUCUUCAUGCAUGACAGUAGCGCCGGCCGCUCCGUGACGAUAAAGCUGCUGAAUGCUAUCCAGAUGUUUGGGGCCAAUUUAGACGAUUACUUGCACCUCCUGUUACCGCCCAUCGUGAAGCUCUUUGAUGCGCUAGACUCUCCUUUACCAGCUCGGAAGGUGGCUCUGGAGACUGUGGAUCGUUUGACAGAAUCGCUGGAUUUCACAGAUUACGCCUCCAGAAUAAUCCAUCCUAUUGUCCGCACACUUGACGUCAGCCCUGAGCUGAGACAGAGCGCCAUGGACACACUUUCCUCGUUGGUCUUCCAGCUGGGGAAGAAGUUCCAGAUAUUUAUUCCAAUGGUGAACAAGGUGCUGCUGAAACACCGAAUCUUACACCAGCGCUAUGAAGUCCUUACAUGCAGGAUCUUAAAGGGGUAUACUCUCGCUGACGAGGAGGAGGACCCGCUGAUUUAUCAGCACCGGGCUCUGAAAGGCAACCUGGGAGAGACUCUUUCCAGUGGUCCCUUGGACAGUGGCCCAAUGAAGAAGCUGCAUGUUAGCACCACCAAUCUGCAGAAGGCUUGGGGAGCAGCUCGCAGGGUCUCCAAAGAUGACUGGCUUGAGUGGCUGAGAAGGCUGAGUGUGGAGCUGCUGAAAGAUUCCUCCUCCCCUGCCCUGCGCUCCUGUUGGUCUUUGGCACAGGCGUAUAAUCCUCUGGCCAGAGAUCUAUUUAACGCCGCCUUUCUGUCCUGCUGGUCCGAGCUGAAUGAAGAUCAGCAAGAUGAGCUUAUCCGCAGCAUUGAAAUGGCGCUGACCGCGCAGGACAUCGCGGAGGUGACGCAGACCCUGCUGAAUCUGGCCGAGUUUAUGGAGCAUAGCGAUAAGGGGCCAUUGCCGCUGAGAGAUGACAACGGAGUGGUGCUCCUUGGGGAAAGGGCAGCCAAAUGCCGGGCCUACGCCAAAGCGCUCCAUUACAAAGAGCUGGAGUUCCAGAAAGGAGCCACACCGGCGAUACUGGAAUCACUCAUCAGCAUUAACAAUAAACUGCAGCAGCCAGAAGCAGCCUCCGGGGUCUUAGAGUUUGCCAUGAAGCACUAUGGGGAGCUGGAGAUCCAGGCCACCUGGUACGAGAAGCUCCAUGAAUGGGAGGAUGCCCUCGUUGCUUAUGAAAAGAAGAUUGAGGUGAACAAGGAUGAUUCGGAGCUGAUUUUAGGCCGUAUGCGUUGCCUGGAGGCUCUCGGAGAAUGGGGGCAGCUUCAUCAGCAAUGCUGUGAGAACUGGACUAACGUCAGCGAGGAGGCGUGCGCCAAGAUGGCGAGGAUGGCAGCAGCUGCGGCGUGGGGAUUAGAGCAGUGGGACAGUAUGGAGGAGUACACGUGCUUGAUCCCAAGAGAUACCCAUGACGGAGCAUUCUAUAGAGCUGUGCUGGCUCUCCACCAAGACCUCUUCUCACUCGCUCAGCAGUGUAUUGAUAAAGCCAGGGACAUGCUGGAUGCUGAACUGACUGCAAUGGCUGGGGAAAGCUACAGCCGGGCUUACGGGGCCAUGGUCACCUGCCAGAUGCUGUCUGAGCUGGAGGAAGUGAUACAGUAUAAGUUGGUACCUGAGCGGCGGGAGAUUAUUCGCCAGACCUGGUGGGAUCGGCUACAGGGCUGUCAGCGCAUCGUUGAAGAUUGGCAGAAGAUCUUGAUGGUUCAGUCCCUUGUGGUCGGUCCCCAUGAGGAUAUGAGGACUUGGCUGAAGUAUGCGAGCUUGUGCAGCAAGAGCGGCCGUCUGGCGCUGUCACACAAGACAUUAGUGAUGCUGCUGGGUGUGGACCCAGCGCUGGAGAGCGACCAGCCCUUACCCACCGCUCACCCGCAGGUCACCUAUGCCUACAUGAAGUACAUGUGGAAGAGUACGCGAAAGGCCCCUCGUGCGACACAGAUUGAGGCGUUCCAGCACAUGCAGAAGUUUGUGAAUAAUGUCCAGCUGCAGGCGCAGCACCUCGCAGAUGACCCGCAGCGUAAGCAGGAGCUGCAGAAGCUGAUGGCCAGGUGUUUUCUGAAACUCGGUGAAUGGCAGCUGAAUUUGCAAGGUAUUAAUGAGUGUACAAUCCCCAACGUUCUGGAGUACUACAACGCUGCCACAGAGCAUGACCACAACUGGUACAAGGCCUGGCACGCUUGGGCUGUCAUGAACUUUGAGGCAGUGCUACACUUCAAACACCAAAACCACCCGCGGGAGGAGAAGAAGGUCCGCCACCCAAGCAAUGCCAGCGCCAACACGGAGGGCAGCGAAAGUGAAAGUGAAGGAGACAGCCCGGAGAAUAGUCCCUUGCCCUCUCCUGUACAGAAGAAGCCACCAGAGGAUAUCUCUCACACCCUCCUGCAGUACACCGUGCCAGCCGUGCAGGGAUUCUUCCGCUCCAUCUCUCUCUCACGGGGAAACAACCUGCAGGACACCCUGAGAGUUCUCACUCUUUGGUUUGACUUUGGCCACUGGCCGGACGUGAACGAAGCUCUGGUGGAAGGGAUAAAGACCAUUCAGAUAGACACCUGGCUGCAGGUCAUUCCACAGCUCAUCGCUAGGAUAGAUACUCCCAGACCUCUCGUUGGGCGGCUGAUCCACCAGCUGCUGACGGAUAUCGGCCGAUAUCACCCACAGGCGCUGAUUUAUCCGCUCACCGUGGCCUCCAAAUCCACAACCAGUGCACGACACAACGCAGCCAACAAGAUCCUGAAGAACAUGUGUGAGCACAGCAACACUCUGGUCCAGCAAGCUGUGAUGGUGAGCGAGGAGCUGAUCCGUGUGGCCAUUCUGUGGCAUGAGAUGUGGCACGAGGGUCUGGAGGAGGCAUCACGUCUAUACUUUGGGGAGAGGAACGUAAAAGGCAUGUUUGCUGUGCUGGAUCCUCUUCAUGCCAUGAUGGAGAGGGGGCCUCAAACACUAAAGGAAACUUCUUUUAACCAGGCUUAUGGCAGGGAUCUGAUGGAAGCCCAGGACUGGUGCAGGAAGUACAUGAAAUCUGGCAAUGUGAAGGACCUGACGCAGGCCUGGGAUCUGUAUUACCAUGUCUUCAGGCGCAUCUCCAAGCAGCUGCCUCAGCUUACUUCCCUUGAACUUCAGUACGUCUCGCCCAAACUUCUCAUGUGCAGAGAUUUGGAAUUGGCUGUGCCAGGGACAUAUGAUCCCAAUCAGUCAAUAAUCCGUAUCCAGUCCAUUGCUCCUUCACUUCAGGUCAUCACCUCCAAGCAGAGGCCUCGGAAGCUAACACUAAUGGGGAGCAAUGGGCACGAGUUCAUGUUCCUGCUGAAGGGACACGAGGACCUGCGGCAGGACGAGAGAGUGAUGCAGCUUUUUGGACUAGUAAACACUCUCUUAGCGAAUGACCCGGCGUCUCUGCGGAAGAACCUCAGCAUCCAGAGAUACGCAGUAAUACCUCUAUCCACUAACUCGGGGCUGAUAGGCUGGGUGCCGCAUUGUGACACACUACAUGCCCUAAUCCGAGACUAUCGCGAGAAGAAGAAGAUCCUGCUGAACAUUGAGCAUCGCAUCAUGCUGAGGAUGGCUCCAGAUUAUGAUCAUCUCACCCUCAUGCAAAAGGUGGAGGUGUUUGAGCACGCUGUGAAUAACACUGCUGGGGAUGACUUGGCCAAGCUACUCUGGCUAAAAAGCCCCAGCUCAGAGGUCUGGUUUGACAGGAGAACAAAUUACACCCGUUCUUUGGCUGUGAUGUCCAUGGUCGGAUACAUUCUCGGCCUGGGUGACAGACAUCCUUCUAACCUGAUGUUGGAUCGCCUCAGCGGGAAAAUUCUACACAUUGACUUUGGGGACUGUUUUGAGGUGGCCAUGACCAGGGAGAAGUUUCCUGAGAAGAUCCCGUUCCGUCUGACAAGGAUGCUGACCAAUGCCAUGGAGGUCACGGGCCUGGAUGGAAACUACCGGAUUACCUGCCAUACGGUAAUGGAGGUGCUGCGGGAACACAAGGACAGCGUGAUGGCAGUGUUGGAAGCCUUUGUGUAUGAUCCCCUCCUGAACUGGAGACUUAUGGACAAAAUGUUGGAGACUGUGGAGCUCGGGGAGACUGCACACAAGAAGCCGGGGAGCACCGUUCCGGAGUCUAUCCAUACAUACAUCGGUGAUUGUUUGGUUCAGCCGGAAGCUUUGAAUAAAAAAGCUAUACAGAUUAUUAACCGGGUGCGAGAUAAACUGACAGGCCGAGACUUUUCACAUGAAGAAACGCUCGACGUGGCCACACAGGUGGAACUGCUGAUAAAACAGGCCACGUCACACGAGAAUCUGUGUCAGUGCUACAUUGGAUGGUGUCCCUUCUGGUAGGGACUGUGGACACUUCCAUUGGAUGGAUGGAGUUGUCGGCAGUGACUGGACCGUAGAUCCCGACUUGCAGGUCACCGGUGGACAAAGCCCAUCUUCAGCGGAGAGCUCUUCAAUAAAGUGCGAGCAGAGUGUUCUCCUCCCGGUGGGAGAUGGACUUGUGUAUAGAGAUUGCACAGUGCCACACCAAUCAGGACUACAAAGUGUGUGCAAUGUGACUGUAUAACGAGAGCCCGGCACACCCGCCACCCAACUCCAAUCAACAAGACUCCAAACAAUGAAUGAUGGGUGGCCAUACGUUAUGUAGCUGUGAGGAAUCAUGAUUGUUGAUAAAAGGAACAUGAUGCAGAGUA